AUGUACGCUGUAUCCAAACUCAACAAACAGCACGAACAGACAUGGAUCAACCUUCAGAAACGGCUGAAUUCGGUGCAGUUUCCGUACCAGAAGCUAUUUCCCAACCAAGACGUUUAUCAAUUCGUAAAGAAUAAGGCCGUCUCCGUUGGAAGCUGCGAAGGAUAUUUUAUUCCUUCGCUGCUAACAACUACAGGAUUCAUACUGGCGUCCAACAACGCUCAAGUUAACAUCACCACACACAAGCAACCAUUAAACAUAUUUACUAUAUUUGUGGGAUAUCCCGGAACGGGUAAGUUCAAUUGGAAUGUUCUUUAUAUGCACUUGUACUUCUCGUAGUACCUUGCCCUCAGCACGCCAAUAUGUUUUCCGCACUUACUCUUGCUGUCGGUUCAAUCAAAAACUAAAAGAGCUUCUAUUGAUCAGGCUACCUAUCAAAUUGUAAUAUGUUACUUUUGUCUCAUACAGGAAAAUCUUCUGCUAUCCAGUAUGCAGCCCAGGAUCCACUGGAAAAUCUAGACUUCACUGACGCCAUCAUUAGCAAGACCACCUCGUCUGGACUGGUCAAACUUCUUGCGAAUAAGAGGAAAGGAAUGAUUCUCUCUCCAGAGGUCUUCGACAUCAUAAACAAGCUUCUUAUGUCCGAUGAAGACAACGCUACCGGAGAUGUCCAGCUUCUCUGCAAACUCUUCUCGGGCGAGCGCUGCUCAUAUCACUUCUCUACAGAGGAAACCAGAGUGAUCCCUCCAAAUACGCCCUUCUGUCUCCUUGGUUCCACGCAACUGGUCAACGCUGCCAAAUUGAUCGCACGCAUGGAUCAAGGACACGGCCUAGUGGACAGAAUCCUUCUUGCCACCCCCCUUGCCUUUCGUCCGACCCUUACUGAAAUGCAGACAGCCGCCGAUCAGUUAUCCACCGAGGUAGUCAGUGACUUCUCUGAACUGUUCGAGCAUAAAUGGAAUUGA